AUGUCUGAAGAUGCUUCAAGGCAUACGAUGGAUGUCAGUAAUAGCAAGAUGAUGCGUCAAUUGGUGUCCACUCGUUUGGAAGAUAUUCGAGACGGUUUUGAAGAAGAACUUCAAGAAACAAAGCCGAUGAAGGAACCAUUUCGAAGUAGUGAAAAAUUGACUGAUAGUGACGAUGAGGAUGAUGCUUUCAGUGAAAUUCCUGCAAAAAUAGCAAAGCGCGUUUAUGAAAACAAGGGAGCAGCAUUGUUGGCUAAAAUGGGAUACGAUGGUGGUGGGCUUGGUAAAAGCGGCCAAGGACGCACAGAACUGAUACCAUUUUCCACACAGCGAGGUCGCGAAGGUUUGGGACAACCUACCAAUCAGAAAAUUGCUCGGGAUUGGAAUGCAAUUUGGGAUUUUACGGAGGAAGAAAAACUUGUGGAGGAAAAUGUAUUAUGGCUAUCCGCUCCUGAUGACGUUCGAGAGAAGUUCAUAAAGGAAUUGCAAGAUCAAGACAACUGGAUUAUCAUUGGAGAUCGAAAGGAGACAUUGGAUGGUGAAUGGAAAUAUUGUGAUAACUUGUUAAUGAAAAAAAUGUUGAAUGCAAAAUCCGUUUUUGAUCAGCUUGAUGUUAGAGACUUAAAGGAAGCCCGUACUCGAGCAAAUCCAUAUGAGACAAUCGGUUCUGCUUUCUUUCAGAAUCGGGCAGCGAUGAAAAUGGCAAAUUUGGAUCGUAUCUAUGAUUGGCUAUUAACAAGUGAAAAGCCGGAUAAUAUUGAAAUCAAAAAUCCUAUGAACGUGGAAAUAAAAAAUGAGAAAUGGCGAGUAGCAACUCCGGGGAAAAAUACUGAUCGAUCGUCGCCUUUGUUUUACUUUGCUGACAUAUGUGCUGGUCCUGGUGGAUUCGCAGAAUAUGUGUUGUGGAGAAAGGGUUACUACAAUGCGAGAGGAAAAGAUGACUUCAAAUUGAAACGUUUUACGGCCGCUUCACCUUCCUAUUUCGAACCUUAUUAUGGUAAACACAACGAUGGUGAUGUCACCAAGCCAGACAAUAUCACGUCAUUUGAAGAAGAAAUUCUAUCAAAACGUCUUUAUCUGUGUCAGUUUUUGACUGGUCUUUCGGUUCUGCGUGUCAAAACACGCAACACAGUAACUGGUGGAAAAUUUGUUUGUAAAUUAUUCGACAUUUUCACACCGUUUAGUGUCGGUCUUAUCUAUUUGAUGUACAUUGUAUUUGAAAGAAUAUCAAUACACAAACCUAAUACUAGUCGUCCAGCUAAUUCGGAAAGAUAUAUUGUAUGCGAUAAUCCUCUGGGAUGUUAUGUCGCAGAAGUGAAAAAAUACAUGACUAAAAUUAACGCUGAAUUGGAUCGGUUGUGGGAAACUAAAGCACGAGAUGUGAUAGAAGUUGUUCCUGAAAAUAUGAUCCAUUCGGAUAAAAUUUUCAUGACGUAUAUAUUGGAACACAAUGAAAGGACGGUGAAAAGACAGAUAAGUUAUUUGAAUAAAUAUCGAGUUUUCGCUCAAAAUACUAGUCAGCUAGAUCGAGACCAAGAAAAGCUAAGAACUGAAUGUUUGCAUUAUUGGAAAAUUCCGGAUGUCAACCAAAAAAAACCCUACGAAACAAAUGAAUCAUUAUUUGCAGCUAUCAGUCGCCUUGUCAAGAUUAUCGAUUUUAAAGAAUUGCAACAAAAGCCAGCAGCUUUCACGAAAAGUGUUCUGUCGUCCGGAGGAAGUAGAAUGCGUUAUGCCGAGUUGCGAAUGUGCGCCGUCACAGAAAAGGAGGUUCCAGUCCUGUUGAUCUCGACUCAAAUGGGCGCUUAUUUUUAUUCAUCAUACUCUCAACAGGGUUUCGAAAGAGUUCCCUUCGAUGUCAAUAUACCGAAAGAUACAGUGUUGCUUGUACAAAUUACUAAAGCUUACAAAGGGUUGGAUGACAAAGGGAGAUUAGAAGGCGAGCAAGCGGCAGUUCGGAUUCUUGAUGCAGCAUUAUUAAAUGGUGAUGAUGUUUCUGCGCUCCCUUUCGAUGAAAGAAUGGCAGCAGCUCGAAAAAUGUGUAAAGCUAUUAAAUCUGUGUACGAAACACCUGAUAGAAAAGUUGCACCAGUUUUUCCUGCAAAAGUGUUCAUGCUUGAUGAACUUCAUUCUGAGAUGCGGCGAUUUCAUGUUAUCCUUGCAAAAGGUGAAGAAGUUGCAGUAAUUGAAGAGGGCGAUGAAUUGUUGUUGUCUUUUUUCUAUUGUCGUGGAAUGCGAAUUACUUCGAUUUUGAUUAACCCAUGGAUUAUGUGCUGGUCCAGAAGCCACGGGAAACUAUAUGCUUUCAACCCGACAUCUCAGGGAUCAUCGGUUUUUACCGAACAGUUCGAAAAAGCGCAAUGUUGUGUAAAUUUCUGGAAGUCAAUUAUUGCAAAGAAACAGUAUCUUUCUUCUUAUGCACUGAAUAGUAGUGAUCCGUCGAAAAGUGACUGCUAUCAGUGGUAUUGGGAAUGGACACAAAGCUUCAUCGUCGGUGAAAAUUAUGGGCCGAGAGCAGUGCUGGAAACUGAAGAACAUCCAGGAGGACUCACAAUGCGAUCUGUGCAUGUCAUCGCUCAGCAACAAAAGGAUAGUGUUUGCCGUAAGCAUUCACUGUAA